AUUACCCACUGCAGGGCUCCAUCCUUUAUUUCUGAGAGCGACCUCGUUCUGGCGGAGCCAUUUAUUUGUCCCUUAGCUCUCGCCGUAGCAGCCGCCGCCCAUCCCUCUUUGUGUGCACUGGGAAGCCGCCCGAGCUUGUGGUGGCUACAGUUGGCGUUGGGGCUUAGACUAGGGACGUUCCCGGGAAGUUGUAGAAGGGACGACUCUUCCCCAUCCCGCCACCUGACAGGUCACAAACAUGUCGGACAAAAGUGAAUUAAAGGCUGAAUUGGAACGUAAGAAACAGCGAUUGGCCCAAAUCAGAGAGGAAAAGAAGAGAAAAGAAGAAGAAAGGAAAAAAAAAGAAACUGAUCAGAAAAAGGAAGCUGUUGCUCCUGUGCAAGAAGAAUCAGAUCUUGAAAAGAAAAGAAGAGAAGCUGAAGCAUUGCUUCAAAGCAUGGGGCUAACUACAGAACCCCCCAUUGCUGAGCAACCUCUCCGUGUAGUAACAGCGGAUACCUGUCUGUUUCACUAUUUAGUCCCUCCUCCUAUGUCUCCAUCUUCCAAGUCUGUGAGUACGCCAAGUGAAGCUGGAAGCCAAGACUCUGGAGAUGGCGCCGUGGGAUCCAGGACGCUGCAUUGGGAUACAGAUCCAUCAGUUCUUCAGCUUCACUCAGAUUCCGAUUUGGGACGAGGACCUAUUAAACUUGGAAUGGCCAAAAUUACGCAAGUUGACUUUCCUCCUCGAGAAAUUGUCACAUAUACUAAGGAAACUCAGACUCCAGUUAUGGCUCAACCCAAAGAAGAUGAAGAGGAAGAUGAUGAUGUAGUGACUCCUAAACCACCUAUUGAACCUGAAGAAGAGAAAGUUUUAAAAAAAGAUGAAGAAAAUGAAAGUAAAGCUCCGCCUCAUGAGCUGACUGAAGAAGAAAAGCAACAAAUCUUACACUCAGAGGAAUUUUUAAGUUUCUUUGACCAUUCUACAAGAAUUGUAGAAAGAGCUCUUUCUGAACAGAUUAACAUCUUCUUUGACUAUAGUGGGAGAGAUCUGGAAGACAAAGAAGGAGAGAUUCAAGCAGGUGCUAAACUAUCACUAAACCGGCAAUUUUUUGAUGAACGUUGGUCAAAGCAUCGGGUUGUUAGUUGUUUGGAUUGGUCAUCUCAGUAUCCCGAGUUACUUGUGGCUUCCUAUAAUAACAAUGAAGAUGCUCCUCAUGAACCUGAUGGAGUUGCCCUUGUAUGGAAUAUGAAAUACAAAAAAACUACUCCAGAGUAUGUGUUCCACUGCCAGUCAGCUGUGAUGUCUGCUACAUUUGCAAAAUUUCAUCCAAAUCUUGUUGUUGGUGGUACAUAUUCAGGCCAAAUUGUGCUUUGGGAUAAUCGUAGCAAUAAAAGAACACCAGUGCAGAGAACUCCACUGUCAGCUGCUGCACACACACAUCCUGUCUAUUGUGUUAAUGUCGUUGGAACACAAAAUGCUCACAAUCUGAUCAGCAUCUCCACUGAUGGAAAAAUAUGUUCAUGGAGUCUGGACAUGCUUUCCCACCCACAGGAUAGCAUGGAGUUGGUUCACAAACAGUCAAAGGCAGUAGCUGUGACAUCUAUGUCUUUCCCUGUUGGAGAUGUCAACAACUUUGUUGUUGGGAGUGAAGAAGGUUCUGUGUACACAGCAUGCCGCCAUGGCAGCAAAGCUGGAAUUAGUGAGAUGUUUGAGGGACAUCAAGGACCAAUCACUGGCAUCCAUUGUCAUGCAGCUGUUGGAGCAGUAGACUUCUCACAUCUUUUUGUCACUUCAUCAUUUGACUGGACAGUAAAACUUUGGACAACUAAGAAUAACAAGCCUUUAUACUCAUUUGAAGAUAAUUCAGACUACGUUUAUGAUGUUAUGUGGUCACCCACCCACCCAGCCCUGUUUGCCUGUGUUGAUGGCAUGGGGAGAUUGGAUUUGUGGAAUCUCAAUAAUGAUACAGAGGUACCAACUGCCAGCAUUUCUGUGGAGGGUAAUCCUGCUCUUAAUCGUGUAAGAUGGACCCAUUCUGGAAGAGAGAUUGCCGUGGGUGAUUCUGAAGGACAGAUUGUUAUAUAUGAUGUGGGAGAGCAGAUUGCCGUUCCCCGCAAUGAUGAAUGGGCACGAUUCGGCCGAACACUUGCAGAAAUUAAUGCAAACCGAGCUGAUGCAGAAGAGGAAGCAGCUACCCGAAUACCUGCUUAGUUCCUAAAAAGAGGAGUAUAGCCUUUAGUGGACCGGGGGAAGGCUCUACAGUAGAUCCUAAGACUAUUUGCAUGCUUUUGUCUAAAUGAUAAUUAAAGAGAAAUUUCAUGGAUUAAACUGUUGAUUUAAUGCAGCAAGCAAAUCUUACAGUGCCCCUUUUUAUAUUAACAUGCAUUUUUUUUAUUUGUCAUUUUUAAUACAGCUGACUGAUUUUACAGAACACAGGGAUAUAUUUAAUACUAUUCUUUUGAAUUCUUUUCGAUUUAUAACACUAUAUACAGUUAUUUCUAAAGCACAGAUUAAAUAAGUUCUGCAUAUUUUAAAUAAUCAUAAUUCCCUGUUAAACUUGUAAUGUUCUCACUAGUCAUAAUAUAAACAUUGUUUCUUCUUAGUUGCAGCAUGCAUACACCUAUCCAAGUUGCAUUCUAAUAUCCUUUCUCUUUAUAGUUCAUGUGGUAGUUACCUAUAAAUAAAAGCAAAUAUGUGCUAACUUUUCAUUUUCA